AUGUUUCCGUCGUUCCAUGUUUUCUGCCUCAUGCUAGCGGUGACGAUCCUUUCUGCAGAAGUGUCCGCUGCGAUCGAUGCGAAAACCAUAAAGAAAGCCAAAAACGGCGAAUGGUUCUCUCUUCCAUAUGAUGAAGAUGACAGAUUCCUCAAGAUCGUAACUGUUUCAACAAUUGGUUCUGGCGACGUCAGUUACGAGAACGCUCAAGAGUACUGUCGGAGAGAAGGUUCUUACCUGAUGACCAUUCAUUCCCAAGCGGACAUGAACAAAAUAACAGCUACAUUCACAUCUUUCUGCGGAUUCGAAGAACGGGAACAAAAGGGAUUGGAACGGGAAAUUACGACUGUACUUGCCAUGAGGCACACUCUAAUCAACUUGUCACUGCUCGGAUGGAGAAUCCGCAAAAGGGAUUGUUAUUAUCGAAUCGAAAAAAGUGAAUAA